ACAUAACUUCUGGCGCCUGAAAGUCCCUUCGCUUGGUUCUGGGUCGUUCAUCGCAGUGCCGGUUACAGCUUGUCCUUCAGUUCCAGGAUCCCGAAUCACGGGGUACCAUGCCCGCGGUGCUGGGGUUCGAAGGCAGCGCCAACAAGAUUGGCGUGGGCGUGGUCCGCGACGGCACGGUGCUGGCGAACCCGCGGCGCACUUACGUCACGGCCCCGGGCACCGGUUUCCUUCCAGGUGACACGGCCAGGCACCACCGGGCUGUCAUCCUAGACCUACUGCAGGAGGCACUAACAGAGGCAGGGUUAACCCCCAAGGACAUCGAUUGCAUUGCUUACACCAAAGGUCCUGGCAUGGGAGCCCCACUGGCUUCCGUAGCUGUUGUUGCCCGCACUGUGGCCCAGUUGUGGAAUAAGCCUUUGCUAGGCGUGAACCACUGCAUAGGCCACAUUGAAAUGGGCCGCCUCAUCACUGGAGCCGUCAACCCAACUGUCUUGUAUGUCAGCGGAGGAAAUACUCAGGUGAUUUCCUACUCAGAACAUCGUUACCGCAUCUUUGGGGAAACUAUUGAUAUUGCUGUGGGAAAUUGUCUGGAUCGUUUUGCCCGGGUGCUGAAGAUUUCCAAUGACCCAAGUCCAGGCUACAACAUUGAGCAGAUGGCAAAGCGAGGCAAGAAGCUAGUGGAGCUGCCAUACACCGUGAAGGGGAUGGACGUCUCGUUCUCAGGGAUCCUGUCCUUCAUCGAGGAUGCAGCACAGCGAAUGCUGGCCACAGGAGAGUGUACUCCUGAAGAUCUGUGUUUCUCCUUACAGGAGACUGUGUUUGCAAUGCUGGUGGAGAUCACAGAGCGAGCCAUGGCGCACUGUGGCUCCAAAGAAGCCCUCAUCGUCGGGGGAGUUGGAUGUAACGUACGGCUGCAGGAGAUGAUGGCAACAAUGUGCCAGGAGCGGGGAGCCCAGCUCUUUGCAACAGAUGAGAGGUUCUGCAUUGACAAUGGAGCCAUGAUAGCACAAGCUGGCUGGGAGAUGUUUCAGGCUGGGCACAGGACCCCUCUCCAAGAUUCUGGGAUCACUCAGAGGUAUAGGACAGAUGAAGUAGAAGUGACGUGGAGGGACUAACACCAUCUACAGGAAGAGAAGAGCUUUUCAGGAGAGUGUUGAACUUGGAGCGAGUCUUGGUGAUGCCCUGGGCUCUCCUCCUCUGGCAAGGGUACGGACUCCAUAUAAGGCUUAGGGUCCCUGUGGAAGCCCAACAUGACUCAAUAAUAAAAAUUGGUUUGUAUGUUGAUAA